GAGACCUCCAAAAUAGGUCAAACAGCUAGAUAUGGAACAAUAAAGCACAUUUUAUGUCCCUGAAAUAAAAACAUUAUGCAAACAUUUAAAAAUAGCUAUUUCUUAAACAGAAAUAAUCAUGAUUUUGCCUACAAAACACAAUCCCAGCUUUCAGUUUGGCUUUUGAACCACACUUUGGACAUGCCUAGUACAGUGUCUGUUCUGGUGCUGAGGGUCCGACUCCACAUGCCAAUCAAACAAGACCAAACAAAGACUUUUUUGGAGCACAUGUAACGUUUCCUGAUUGUUUUUGUUUCUCUUUUUAUUUCCCCCCACAGUUAUUUUAUUUUAAAACAAUCCUGUUCCCUCCACAGACUUUUAAGGUGGUCACCAGUCCCAUAAAGGUCUGUAUUAAUAAAAAAAAUAGAUGAAAAUAAAAAUAAAAAAUUGCUUAACUGAGUAUUUGAAAAAGAAAUAGUUGAAAAAGUUUUAUAAAACGUUAAAAACUUGGCAUUAGAUCAAAGAAAUGUAUACAGAUUCUAAACAUACAAGGGAAAUCUGAAGUGAAAAAAUAAAAUCAUUUCUGAUUUAACCCCGCCCCCUGUAUUUCCAAGAUUGAAACUUUAAAAAAGCAAUACACUUGGAAGUUUUUUUUUCUAUUUCAGAGCUGUUUAGUUUUGAAGCAAAGUUUAAAUUUUUAACAUGUGAACAAAGCAGAAAUGUAUCCAUUCUGUAACCUGCCUCUAGUGGUCUUUGAUGGAACUGCAACCUAUUGGUACUUCCUGGUUUGCAUCACGUUUGAGGGUUGGACUGAUUAUACCGCUGUUUUUAGACACUUAAAUGGUGUUUUACUCGGUGGUGAUCAGAAAAAAGAUAACAUCAAAGUUCUCGCAUAGGAAAUGACUUGAAGCGAAGAAGAAAAGAAGCUGAUAGAUCCUUUAUUUUGAAAAGACGGACAGGAAGUAGCUCCGGGCAGUUACCAGUCUCCAAUUUUCUAAAGCCGGGCUGAGCUGCCGCCGCCGCUGGACCUCCUCCGGAGCAGCAGGGCGUCUCCGCGGCUCCCACAAGUUGCGGCAGCUGCUUUCACGGAGCUUUUUCCCGGAGCCGUCUACUUCCUGCAGUGGUUCGGACGUGGACAUUAAAGUUGCAUCGGAAUGGCUGAUGAGCAUGAGUGAAAGGACCUUCCACACUGACGACAGUAAUGGAGAACACAUCGUGGCCUCACUCUUCGUAUGUCCCGCAUUAUCUCCUGCGUGGUGACCCUUUUGCUUCCAGGCUCUCCAAAGAGGCAGACAUUGUUGCAGCUUUUUACAUCCUAAUCAUAGGAAUCCUGUCUGCAACAGGAAAUGGCUACGUCAUUUACAUGACCAUCAAACGCAAGACGAAGCUGAAGCCUCCCGAGCUCAUGACCGUUAAUCUCGCCAUUUUUGACUUUGGCAUAUCAGUGACAGGAAAGCCAUUUUUCGUUGUGUCUAGUUUCUCCCACCGCUGGCUGUUCGGCUGGGAGGGCUGCCGGUUCUACGGCUGGGCGGGCUUCUUUUUUGGCUGCGGGAGCCUCAUCACAAUGACAGUGGUGAGCCUGGACCGGUACCUCAAGAUCUGUCAUUUACGAUAUGGUACAUGGCUAAAACGCCAACAUAUUUUUCUAUGCCUGGUCUUUGUGUGGAUCUACGCCGCUUUCUGGGCGACCAUGCCUCUGGUUGGCUGGGGGAGCUAUGCCCCAGAGCCCUUUGGGACUUCGUGCACGCUGGACUGGUGGCUUGCACAAGCCUCUGUGUCCGGACAGAGCUUCGUCAUGUCCAUCCUGUUUUUCUGUCUCGUACUCCCGGCUGGCAUCAUCGUCUUCUCCUAUGUCAUGAUCAUCUGCAAGGUGAAGUCUUCUUCAAAGGAAGUUUCCAGUUUCGACGCCCGCAUCAAAAACAGCCAUACGCUUGAGAUCAAACUUACAAAGGUGGCAAUGCUGAUUUGUGCAGGCUUCUUGAUAGCUUGGAUUCCAUAUGCAGUGGUCUCAGUGGUUUCAGCGUUUGGUGAACCAGAUUCCAUUCCCAUUCCUGUAUCUGUCAUCCCUACAUUGUUGGCUAAGUCUUCAGCGAUGUACAACCCUAUCAUCUACCAGCUUGUGGACUUAAAAAACUCAUGCUCAACCUGCUGUGCUAAAGUCAUAAGGAAAAGAACUCAUUUCAGGAAUUCAAGAUUCUACACCAUCUCGGGUUCAUUGAAGGACACAGCGCCCGCCAAAGAAGCUCACAUUGAAAUCUGAGACAAACUUUUAAGACGGUGGGGGGGGGGACUUAGCCUCUUUCGGUUUGGACAGUAUGCCUUGUUCCCUGCCCUCUGUUCUCGACACCUAUCCAAUCACACGCUGCCUGCUGGGAAAUCAUUAACAGCUCACCGUUGUUGCUGGUUCCUGAGUCUUCCAGCUUGAUUUCGCCACCUCACUGGACAUUGAUGUGUUUCCUGCAGCUUUUUACCUCCUUGUAACCGGAAACAUAUCUAAACCAGCUUUUUUUUUUGUCUAUACACUGGUUUCAUAGUAAUGUGUUAUGUGUGUUUGUUGUUCUAUUUUAUGUUACAGAGAACCUGUCUGACCAUUGCUAAAGCAAAAGGUGGAUACGUUUGAGAUGAAAGCCAUAACUCAGGUUUUGAAACUGGAAAUGUUGAGUUGCAUACUGAGGUAUAUUAGUUUUGAAAACAACCUUUGCGUAAGUGUCAUGCAGUAAAACUUUAAAUACGUUUAUUUUUUCAAAGUGUUUAUUAGGGGAACUAGCAAAAAAUGAAAAAGAAAAAAGUUGUACAAAAAAACGUGAUUUGAAGUUGGAGUUUUACUCUUGAGUUGCAUUUAUGCAGCUAGUACAGGAUGUUGUCUUUUGUACGUUUGUGUAUAGCAACAAUAUUUAAAACUGAAGGUACUGAAUUCUACUAUAUUGCUUCUAAUCAACCGAUAAAUGGCUAAGAAGACACUUCUUCAAUGGUCACAGCUAGAGAUGACCUUGUGGAAAAUUGGCUUUUUUAUUCGUCAAUGAUCGUAAGGCAACAGUUCAAGGUUCGGUGAGAAAAACUGUCCUGCUGUAAAGUCUUAAUAAGGCCUGCUCCUUUUUCACUGACCCUGAAGAUUGCUUUGACCGACAGGAAGAAGAUUAUCGAAGCCAACGUGGGUGACUUUACAUCUAUUAUGAAACGACUCUUUCAGGGACAAAUUUAGUUCAAAUGGCUCUGAAUCUUGUCUGAUAUCCUUAAGUCAAGAUUAGGAGUUUUUAAAGAAGGAAUAAGCUGUAUGUGUGGGUUAAAAUGAGCAUACUUUACUGUGUCUUUUGUUUGUAUCUAAACACUAGCUAAGAUGCUUUGUCAUCUUGGAGAAUCUUAUAGAAAUCUUGUUGCUUCCCAACAUUUAGAGGCUACUCAUUAUCCACCCUACAUGUUGGAAAGGCCCGGGGCGUUAUCCCUAAAGGAACUCAAACUAUGUAACUAUUCCUGACUGGGUACAGUCACCACAUACUGCAAUACAGUGGUUCUCGUUGCUUAUCUUAGUUACCACUAUGUUACAAUUUAUGUUUACUGUCUAUUAAGGUCAAAUAAGAGAAACAGUUUAUAUAAUGCAUAAAAGAUUUGAGUUUCAUUUUACUGUUUUACCCUGCAGUGGACUGGCAAAAUGUUCUAGGUGCACACCGGCUUAUCCCAAUAGUAGCUGGGAUAGGCUCCAGCGUCCCUAUGACCCCUAAAAAAUUUAAAUGGGUUGAAAAAUUGAUAGAUUUUACUAUAAAAUGUGGUUAACUACCAUCACACCAUCUGUUCCAAGCCUAAAGUUUAACCGUUAAUAGGUGGAUUUUGUUUUUUUGUUGAACUUCAUUCACUGCCCUUUCAUUUCUAUAGUUGCGUUAAAUAUUUUGGUAAAGUUAAGCAUCCCAGGGAGUCAUUCAAGAAAGGCUUUCUGGGAAAUCUGCCUUUGCUCAACAUUUUGAAGAUGGAUAGUCAAAACUUUGUAGACUUAGAUGUUUCAGGAUACAUGGACACUAGUGCUGUUGGUCUAGAUCCGUUUUUUUUAAUUUUUUUAUUUUUUCGGAUGAUGCUACUUGGUUUGGUAGAUGUAAAAUCUGUGAAAUACGCCACACUGUCAAAUCCACACGUAUCUGUUUUUAAACAGUGUCUUCAUUAAGCUAUUCAAGUAGUCUCUUAGAGGAAAUAAAACACAUCAGAGGAGAGAUUUCCUGUUUGCUCAAAAGAACAGCUGUGUUGAAGGACACUGGGUUGAGUGGAAAGAAAAUCAGUCAAGAAACUUCUUCCAACAUUGGGGUCAAUCAAAGGUCGCUGCAGACGUGACUUAGUGUAUGUAAACAAGGAUUAAAACAAAGUGCUUUAUGACUGACAUUGGUGUUAUCCUACAUUAAAGUCUCUACUUGUGACAGUGUUAAUUAAGUUCUCCCACAUGCGGGAUGCGAUAAUUAUAUCUGAAAAUACAAAGUUUAUGUGUCAAGGACCUGGAAUAAUUCGACAUCAGAAUUGGACUUACAUUGCAGCCUCAUUUCUAAACUUCUCGAAUCCACAGAUCAAACAAAGGAUGGCCUGAGACGUUCUUUUUAACUUGCUAAAAAGAUUGAUGUUUUUAAAAUGUUCUUAGUUGACUCUUUUCUUAGGUUUGAUCAAAGCCAUAUCUCCUCUGAACACUGGAACGCUUUUACUUCUCUAUUGACAAAUUGAAGGAAACUUCAUCCUAUUAAUGGUUUCAAGAAAAAUAUUUGAGGUUUAAUCUUCCUAGAAAAGGAAUUAUUUUCUAUGGCACUUGUUUCUGCUGUAAUAUGGGCUAAAAUAUGAUGAAAAAUGAAUGAAAAUGAUGCCAGAAACUCUUGUGUGAUUGUGGAAAAAAAGCAGAAGUGUUGUGGGAGUGUUAUUCCUGUCCCGAAGUAUCAGAUUAUAAAAGACUUGUCAGACGCACAAACUCAAAUAAAAUAUAUAAAUUAGUAACACAUUUUCUUUUUAAAUUGUUUAAAAACACAUAUUAAGUCACUGUGAGCUGCAAAAAAAAAAAAAAAAAAAAAGUAAAAACUGAACAAUUUUGCGGUAUGGAAAGUCACCUCCAAGUGCUGCUUGCAGUUUGUCAGACCAAAGGUACAUUGACCAAAAAGGCAACAACUGAGCCAUUUUCACAGUGCUGUUUGACGGGGGUUUAAUGUAGAAUAUUUCCAUAUAGACGUUGUUGAUGGUCUCAAAACUGGUUAUAUGUAGUGAUACAGAGAUGAAUACUGAACUGUGCAGUAAUGGAAAAACAUCCUCCAAUCAAUAACCUUUGUUCACAGGGGGGAGUAUUGAUCAUUCUUGACUCUUUCUGCCUGUUGAUCUGAGCAGUAGAAGAUUCUACGAUAAUCUAUUUAAUUCAUUGUCGGCCACUUGCUGAAGCUAUCAAAACAAAGUCUUUACAUUUGAGUUCUUAACUGCUGGCAAAGAACUUUCAAAUGUACCUGGGGUUGUCAGUGUAUUAAGAGGUCAGGUGUGCAGGUUGGGGGUUCAAUUCCCAAGUUAGACCACUUUGUGUUCUUGAAGAAGACUCUGAACCGCAUAUCGCUCACAAUAUUAAAGACCCUGUAAGUCCAUGGAUCAAAGCACCUGCUACAUGAUUCUCAAUUGUAAUGUACCUGAUAAUGGAAGUACUGAGUUGCUGCAUUGGCGUUACAAAUACCAGAAAAAUCGUAAUAGCCAUUGCUGUAUUUUCAUACAUUAAGUUUUGCAGAUAAUACUUAAAAUAUGUUGAAAACAUUUUCAACAGGGCACAGAAUUUUAAAAAAAAAGGCAAGACAUCACAUAAACUCAAUCGAGCUCGUCAUUGUUGUGUCCGCUCACCUCUUGUUUGUACUGGAUGACCCUACAAGGAAAAUGACACUACCAAUUCUUGUUGGGUUUCCUUGGGUUCUUUAAAAAUAAACGUUUUUGUGUUUCCUAAUUGUAAAACAAACAACGUUCAUGAUCAAAUUAUUUCUGAUUGUUCUUGUUAGCUUUGAAGGCUUGAGUUUUGGUUGAUUUGAAGUAGUGCCGUAUGUUUUUUUUAAAAAUCCUCAUCAUCCUGUCUCUACAGCUCAAUGACCUUGCAUUUAAAAGCACUUUCUGGUACAGUUUCUAUAAAAAAGGCAAGCCGAAAUGGUCUAAGCAUUGCCGUCAAAGAUAUAGCUUAUAUCCCCAAAAUACACUAAAGUUAACCCCUAUAACACCUGGAGCAAAAUAACACACCCUCUUUGAAAUACGCCAACUCUUUGACCGUUUACACAGUUAACAAAAUUCCAAUGGAUUCUGAUGCAGAGAAAAGGGACAUUGUGCCAAUUAGCCACACUUUCCGUUAGUGCAUAUUGUAAAGUGUUACUAACAUUUUAUGUUAGUACAGUGUGAGUAACAUAUUACUAAAUGUUAGUAAAGUGUUAUGGUGCCAGAAACUCUUGUAUAAUUGCAAAAAAAAAGCGUUUUCAAGGCAGUUUUUUACUGGGAUAGAAUCAGCUGAUUCACGUUGAUUCCAUAAAUACUUCACUGCUGUAAAGUGAUGCAUAUCAGUUGCUUUUCUCUGCUUCAGAAUCCGUUGGAAUUAUGUUAACGGUUAAAGAGUUACGGUAGUCAAAAGAACGUCAACACUGGAGCAAAAGCUUCGGUGUUAAAGGGUUAAAUUCACAGCCACAAAUGCAGAUUGCGCAUCAUUCUAUGAUUGUUCAGUGCACAUAGUCAUAUCUCAGACCAAACAGUACAUAUACUUAUGCUUUUCAAGUUCCUUGAAUAUAUUUUCAGAUGCUUUAUCUAAAUAAAUAAGAAAUGUCAUUCAGGAGUGGUGAAAGAGUUCUUUCAGACUUGUGCAAUCGGAUGCAAUGUAGUUCAACAGCAAUGAUGGGUCAAAUGGGGUUUUGUAGGACAUAGACUGCACUGUAUUUUUGUAUUGUAAUGUAUUUUUGUAGAUUUCUUUAUCCUAAACAAGCCGCACUUUACCGUCUCUGUUUUCACUAUAAAAAUCCCACAAAUGUUGUGGAAUGCGUCUCUAUAGCAAAGCCGGUGUUGUACUUCACGUUGAUGUUGGAACUCUGAUCUAAAUGUGGUGACUGUUAACGUGUUCAACUGCACAUCAAUGAUUGACUGUACUGACAUCCAUUUCAGUGUACAACCGCACGGUUUUAGUUUCCUUUUCUUCAUUUCCAACCCGAACUAAUCACUUUGACACUGGUUUCCGUAACAGGUGUAGAAAGUUUCGUAAAGUAUUUAAAAUAGAGGCUUAAUGACAGUAAAGGUGAUGAAGGCAGUAAAUGCUAAAGAGGUCUUAUAGUCCUGCUAAGAAGAUGUAUGGAGCCAAUUUAAUAUCAAAAUUGCUUUGUUCCUAAAAGAAUUUUUGAAGCAAAUAAAAAAAACUGUUUUUAGUUCGGUAAUGUAAAUUGGAACCUUUUCAUAAAUGUUAUUACUUACUUUUCACAGUUGAACCCUUCACUGUUUUGGGAGCACUUUGUGAGUCUGUAAAUAAUGUGUGCAUCUAAAUUGGUCUUCAAAAUAAAUAUACUUAAAUA